AUGCGCGGGGCAGCGUGUGCGCGAAGACGUCCAUGGUGCCCGGAAUUGCUGGCAUGUUGUUUCGAGUUGGUGGAAGUGGAGCCGGCUGAGUUGGCAGCCCUACAAACGGCGUAUCGGUAUGGCACACGGUUCUUCCGGAUGCGUCUCAGGGAGUUGGAAGAUGCCGGGUGGGGGUGCGUGCUGCUGGACCCGACACAGGUACGUGCGUCGCACGUGAGUGAGUCGCACGUAAACGAGUUGGGGUCGUACUCGGGACACCGAGUGUACCUGCACUACCUCGCGGCCAACCCCGCGCUGGAUGCGUUGGGCGAGCCAGCACCGCCGCCGGCGUGGAUUGCAGCGAACGCACUUUCGUUCAUGAUCGACUCCGUGGAUGAAGACGAGUUGCUCGCCCUCGACCUCAGCGAUGACCCUGGCAGCGCUGCCGACUUCUUCCGUACCUUGCUCACCGUCAGUGCGAGUCAACUUGGACUCGCUCUGGACCAAUUGGACCCUGCUUGCCUGCAGGGAGUCGCCGAAGAUUUCGUGGGCCUGCACCGCGAGGAGAAAGCUGUAGAGCGGUGGCUCGAGUCCCUGCGACGGGAAUUUGCCCAACCCCUCAAGCGAAUCAUACGCCUCGACCACAACCACGUGAGGGAACGAGACCUGACUGGCGAGCACGUGGCUCGGGAGUUGACUGCGGCUGGUGGUGACGUGGUUGGCGUGACUGGUGGGGACCUGGUAGCUCUGGACGUGGCUGGUGAGGUUCAGGAGGCGGCUGCCGCUGGACGAGAUGCAGCUAGGCAAGCUGUCGCAGUGUUGGCGAAAACGGUGACCAUUCGGGAAAUCGGCCGUGGGAAUCGGAACUUCAUGCCCCCCGACGAGCUCCUAAGCGACGUGGCUGAGGCUAAAAGCGAGUGGGAGGCAAGGAUGCCGCGCGUCCAGAGUUCAAGGUAA